CCUCGAAAGAAAAUCAAUCUUCACCAUUACCUUAGGGGCUGUCCAUUAAUUACUGAACUGUUUCCACUGAAGUUAAUUUAGUUAAAAUUUUUAAUUAUAUAACGAUCUUUUUUAUAAUGGCGAUAUGCGGCCUCUGUUGUGACUAUCCCUUUCAGCUCGAGUUAGCUUCUGUAAAAGGAACAAUGAAAAGUAUACUUUAAUCGGUAUAGUUGAAGUUCGUUUUCGUAAUGACAAUGUUUCAGUGUCAAAAGUCCUGUUAUAUUAUUACUACGUUUGAAAUAGGUAUUCAUUAUUAUCGCUUAUUUCUAACUCGAUUACUCCCUGGGAUCUCGGCACGGUACUUUUAAUUAAUCUGUGGGUUUAAAAAAUCUGUGCAAUGACGUUUCGUGAAAAUCAGAACAAAAAUAAAAAUUGAAUCGGUAUAGUAAUAACUGUGCUCUAUAAAUAAACUAAGAUAUUCAAUAAAUUAAUAAUAAUUAACAAAUAAUAAUUAUAGAAUGUGAAUGGUGUAUGUUACAGCCGUCCAUACUUACGGUCGAUGUUUUUAAUGUUGACAUAAUUUGUAAGUUCAGUUCAAGGGCUUCUUGUUUCUAUUUUUUUCUGAAUUUUGUACGUUACCUGCUUUAAUGUUAACUUAGAUCUUGAAUUUCCAGUAAUUUGUUUCGUCUUCGCUUGAUUGCGCCUUGUGUAGAAUAUCUAAAAUAUGUAAUAUGGUAAAAAAGACAUUGGUUUGUAAAGGUUAUCGUGUUGCAGUGACCGUGAAUUUCUCUGGUUUUGUUGUUCAGGUACUCCUAACUCGUCGUUAGAAUGGAGGAAAGAAGAGUUGCUGACUAUUUUGUCGUAGCUGGCUUGCCAGAGAAACCUGAACUGCUAGAUGACUCUGAUUCUGGACAUCUAAAAGGAUAUAGUACCAAACCUCCCAUCACUGACAUAGGUGUAGUAUUUCCUGGUUUAGGUGAGACAGUGCCCAAUGGUUAUGAGCUCAUUGAGUUGACUCCUACUGGGUUAGUAGCAGACCUGAAUCAUGGCUCUAUGCGAUCCCCUGAGUGUUUCCUUUGCAUACGAAGGGGCAGGGAUAGACCCCCACUUGUUGAUAUCGGGGUUAUGUACGAAGGCAAGGAGCGACUUAUGGCUGACGCGGAAAUGGUUUUGAUGUCCGUCGGUGAACGGUUAGCUAACGUGAAUAACUCAACAGCAAAGACAUUCAUAACGUACAGGAGGGCACAUCCCACCGCGCCGUGCAACGCACUCGUGGUAGUGGACGUAUGUGUUAUUGUGGCUAGCAAAGGCGAGUUUCCGCCGCACGCCUUCUGUAUGAUCGCAAAGAAUUUAAAUAAAGGUUUAAUGGGCAGCGAUGUAUUUCUAUGUUAUAAGAAGUCAAUGAACCGUCCGCCUCUAAUAGCAUACAAACCAGAAGUACUAUUUAGGUAUCCAACGAUAGAUCGGCGAAGUCUAGUGUUUCCCACGUCAGUGCCAUUAUUUUGCUUACCGAUGGGCGCUACUCUUGAAUUAUGGCCUAAUAAUGCUGUAACGCCCAAACCGGUAUUUUCCACCUUCGUAUUGACGGUUGCUGAUGCUACAGAUAAGGUUUACGGAUCAGCAGUAACGUUCUACGAGAGUUAUCCUCAUACACAGCUUUCGGAGUCUCAAAUGGAUCAACUCGGUUGGAGGGCUGGUGUAUCCCACAAUACACAUUCAGUGCACAUCAAUAAAUGUAUUUGUUUACUAUCCCGGUGGCCCUUCAGUGAUACUUUUGAAAGAUGGCUGCUGUACAUACUGGAAAUGUCUUGGAGUAAACAACCUUUAAGUAUACCAGUAGAAAGGUACAUAACACAUUUACUAGAAGAAGUACCAUUCCCUGAACCCAGAAUAUUACUGCAGCUUUCACCGACAAAUGCCAGUGACCGUGUGAUAGUGACGCGACGUGACGACCAGCCUUUAGUUCGCAGCGGGGCAGGUUUCAGGCAACUUUUAUUGAAUCUCGGACCUGACAAUUGUCUGUUGAUACUAGCAUUGGCCAUCACCGAACAGAAAAUUUUAAUACAUUCGCUCAGACCAGAUACACUGACAGCCGUGUCUGAAGCAGUUUCAAGUUUAGCUGAAGUGUUACAUGCACCUUUACCCUAUCUGAUAGGUGUUGACUCGAGGUUUUUUGAUCUUUAUGAACCACCACCGGACGUGACGUGUGUAGAUUUAGACACUAAUAAUAUCACAAUAUGCGAGUCACAACGACAUAUAUCAUUAAAAUUAUUACCUAAAAGGCAAGCGAGGAUACUCAGGCAAACACUGGAAGUUCUCUUCGGCAGUAUAAGACCAGGUUUCUAUGAUCUAUUAAUCAAUAUGCUUAGUCAAGCAUUAGAAUUGAAAAUUCAAGAAGCGUUCUUACGGUUCAUGGCGGUUACGUUGCAAGGGUACCGUGGCUACCUAAUACCGAUCACUAAGGCACCCACCGUUGGAACAACAGAUCCUCAUGCUCUAUUUCAUAUGGAGGCGUUCUUAAGGUCUAGGGAUAAGACACAACAGCGAUUUUUCGCUUUAAUGAUGAAGACUCAAAUGUUCACUCGCUUUAUAGAGGAGCGUUCGUUUGUGUGUGACGUUGAUCAGGGGUUGACAUUCUUCGAUGAAUGCAUAGAACGUGUGGCAGCCGGUGAUGAACCACUAUUGGGGCUCGAUAAUUCAAAUACAUCAGAGAGGACUGUAUUCGUACUUCCACCUGAUCCACCUGACCCUCGUGAGUGUACUUUAAUAUUUAUAUCUUUUAUUAGAAUUUUGAUAUGUUGGAAAAUAUUCUUAAUGAAAAAUGCUUAAAAAAUGCAAAAUUGAUCAAAUAUAAUAAUUUGAUAUGUUGGGUUAAUGAUUCUGAAAAAUGAGGAAACCUACACGUACGAGAAGUUCGAUUUGGACCCAGUUCUGGUGGCGAAAUGUCGCUGUAAGACUCGUAGCGGGGCGGUACAAGCUUUACCCGCGGCCGCGCUCGCCUCCGCCGAGUCUUUGGCCGACGCAUCGCCUAUGGCGCGACGAACUAAACAUGAGAUCGCAGCGGCGCAGAGGUACAUAGAAUACAUAAAUUAUAUUUAUUUUAUCCAUUUAUCCAUUUUUUUUAAUUAUAUGAUAAUUUGGGUCGUUAUAUGACAGUAAAACCAAUUUGAGUAACAAAAAUAAAUCAUGAAAUUAAAUAACAACUCACAACACCUGAAUUUUUGACGCAAUUGUCGUGACGUCAAAGACGACGACUAGUAUAUGACGUUUUAAAUCAUCAUUUUAAAUAACAAUCAAAUUUUUAGUAAUUGUUUAUUAUUGUUUACGCCAUAUCUCUUGCGGGGCAGGCAGAGAGCAUGAUUAUGAGUCAAUUACUCAAAACCCACAAAAAAAUCCGACGCAUACGAUACGUCACACUUUAAGAGAGGGGUCGGCUAAAUGUGACAAUAUAACAAUAUUUUAAUAGAAUUUGUAUGGACAAGCUCUGACAAGCGCUUGCACUCUUAAAUCGCUAUUAGACAUAACGUAGACUGUUUCGUAGUCCGUCCUGCUCUUAUUUAAAUAUUUUUCAAUGUAAGGACAUUAAUAAUUGCACUUUUAAUAAUACGUAAGCGAUAUAAGCUGUUGUUUUCUUUUAAUUCAGAUUGGCUCGCAAAGCGAGCUUGUCACCGGAAGCAUGGGCCAAGUGUCUUCUUGGAGCGUGUUACUCUUUGUACUUCUUGUCAUUGCCUAGUCGGAUGA